UCUGUACAAUUUAUUGCGGUCGGGUUUCAAAAAUUCAACUAACCAAAACAAGUCGCCCAAAAUAGUGCGCAUUUUAUCAAACCAUAAUUCAAAAUAUCUACGCUGCGCCCACCGUUUCGUUUUCUGAUUUCGCAGAGAAAAUAGUUGUUUGGCUAGGAGGAAAAUAAGAAGAAAAAGAGAAAGAAAGCCUAUUCACGAUUUCAGCUAAGCAGACAUGUUUUUUGAAGUGGAAUUGCAAAGGGAUGUGAAGAUAAAUGCUACCAACUUGGAUAAACCAGUUUCUCGGAGGUUCAUACUGGCAUGCCUACUCGACAACCUAUUUAAGGAGAAAGCCAGCGAGGAUCAUGGUUACUUUCUAGCCGUAACUAGGUUGAAAAGCAUAGGUAAAGGCAAUGUAAUGGAUGAGUCAGGGAAUACGGUUUUCACUGUAGUGUUUACUUGCCGGACAUUCAAACCCUUCCCUGGAGAAGAAUUGCAAGGAGUCGUACGCUACAUAUCUCAACACGGCGUGCUCUUGAAAUGCGGACCCGUCAGCAAUGCUUUUCUCUCGGCUUGGAAAAUGUCAAAGUACCAAUACAUUCCCGGCAAGAAACCAGCCUUCUUAAACAAUGAGCUUUCGAAGAUUGAGAAAGGCGUCGUGGUUUGUUUCUUGGUGCUUGCUGUAAGAUGGAUAAAUGCAAGUAGGGACUUUGAGAUGCUUGCCAGUGUAGAUGCUGAUUCGCUUGGACCAGUUUCGUUGCCGGGUUCUGAUGAAUUGGAGCUGUGAAUGAAUCCUCAUAUAGCAAAAUUCGUGUUUAUAUUCGUUGUUCAUGUUUUUCUCCCCAUUGAUGAAGACAUGAUUUUGGGUAGUAGAAGCAGGUAUUUGUAUAUAUUUGUAUACAAGCACAAAGUUACACUUUUCAAAAUGCUUUCAAAAUAGCAAAGAUUAUGAAAAAUGAAUGUGGAAUAAUAGUUGUAUUUGGUUUUAAA